AUGAUGCUGAGUCCGGACCAAGCCGCCGACUCGGACCACCCCAGCUCGGCGCACUCGGAUCCGGAGUCGCUGGGCGGCGCAGACGCCAAGGUGCUGGGCAGCGUGUCGGACCUGGAGCCGGUGGAGGAGGCCGACGGCAAGGGCGGCAGCCGGGCCGCGCUCUACCCGCACCCGCCGCAGCUGAGCCGCGAGGAGAAGCGCCGCCGCCGGCGCGCCACCGCCAAGUACCGCUCGGCCCACGCCACCCGCGAGCGCAUCCGCGUGGAGGCCUUCAACCUGGCCUUCGCCGAGCUCCGCAAACUGCUGCCCACGCUGCCCCCGGACAAGAAGCUGUCCAAGAUCGAGAUCCUGCGCCUGGCCAUCUGCUACAUCUCCUAUCUGAACCACGUCCUGGACGUCUAG